CAUCAGUGGUGUCCAGCAAAAGCAAUUACUUGCAGGGAGCACCUCUCUUUCCACGUUGUCGCCGUCAUUUCCUUGUAAUACCAGCCUGAUGCGGCGUCGCAGAUAUAGUGAUUCCGCGUCACCAGAAAUCUUCCACCAUCCUAAUUUAGAUGGCUUUUGUGCACGAGGUCGUGGGAAGCGCAUCCGUCGCCUAUCCGGAGAACCAAUUUCAAAUCACAACAAUGAUUCCUUUCAAAAUUACUGGGGCCCAUCAGAGAAUCAUCAAUGGAACGGUGCACGGCGUAGCGUCUAAUCUGGAGUGGCUUGCUUUAAUUUGGAAGAAUAAUGGAUGCAAUGUUGUUUGUCCAGAUACCAAACAAACUCGUAAGCAACCACUUUCAUCAAACCAACGUCAAUCGUGGCCACUAGCUAAACAUCUUCACCAAAAGAGUGGUCAGCUGAAAAUAACGGAAUUCUUCUCAACUCAAGUGAAACAACAUUGGAAUUAUUCCAGAUUUUCAAGUGUAGAUAACAAGGGUGUCAAACUUCCGGUUGGUCUAUGCAAUUCCAAUUGGCGUUUAUCAGGAUCUCGUGUCGCCAUCGUCUCUGUUGCUCAGGUCAACCGUCAUAGCGACGAAGGUUCUUUUAAUCCACAUACCCCUAACGAUAGUGUAGGUUUUGAAAAGCCUAUGCCUGCCAGCCGGCCACUGGAUUUUGGUUUCCCAGCCAAGACGUCUGGUCCUGCUCCGAUCCGCUUCCCCAUUCAUCAGGUCCCCUCGUGCCAUAAAAGUGAUGCCUCUUUGCCUAUUGGUGUUGGCGUGGUGCAGUGUCAGUGGCAGCACUGCAAAUUCAGAUUGACGCCAGGACAAUCACUUCUAGAGCAUAUUCAAAAUAUACACGUAGUUUCUCAUGCCUCAAGACCAGUUUCUCUAUCCAAAUGGGGUGACUCCGAUGCAGCUGCGGAAACGACUGCUGGUGCAACAUCUUGCGACGAACUGUAUUCUUGUCAAUGGGAAGGCUGCAAAGUUCAGGGAAGACCUUCUUCUUCGAGAGCCUGGUUGGAAAGACAUGUCUUGUUGCAUGGUGGCCAUAAGCCAUUUCGCUGUAUCGUUGAUUUGUGUGAACAACGGUUUAAUUCACAGGCUGCUCUUCAACGUCACGUCAAUGCACAUUUCAACCAGGAACCUGGCCAGACUGGUAAUGGCAAUGGUAUCAAACGUGACAAUGCACCGGCUAAAGUUAUCCGCCGAAAUUCGAAGAAGCUCAAGCACCGUCGUAGCAAAGUCGCGCCAGCUCGGCUGUUUGAUUUUUUCGAUUCGGGAGUUAUGGAACGCUUACGUCAUCAACUAAUAAAUUCACGGACGACCCACAAUCAAAUUGGUGUUUCCUGUGUAACCAAUGAUCUCACGGUUCACAGCCAGGUAAUUGCGAGGCGUUUGGAUGCAAAUGGAAAAUCAAGAGUUCUUUUACGGUGGACGCCGCAAGACGUGCUGCCUGAUCAAUGGGUAUUGGAAGAAGAAGUGGUAACGCAGAAGAAUGUCUCAAUGGGCAACCUUAGCGCUGCUGUCCAAAUUAAAUUGCAUAACUUGUUGGUUCGACCUCCCGCGGGAAAGGCAGCUGCCAAACAGCGUCGCAAGCGAUAGCCUGUUAUUUCAUGUCAACUCGAGCGCUGUUGUCUGUAAUAUGAAUCUAUUUCUCUUUGGGGUUCGUGUUUCAAGCUUGAUGGUAAAUAAUCGUGUGUUUGACUGGCGUAACUACCAACGUCUGCUGCCGUUGACGUGUUGUGAGAGAAAGAGUGGGAAAAAAGUCGGUAAUAUUGUAAAGAUGUAUUGAGCUAACAUCGUCGUACUUGCAGGACACGUUCGAUCAGCUAGGCAGCUUUCAUGUGCCGUAGAUUGUUAUUUUUCAGACACUUUUUCGUCUCGACAAUGCAACAACGGAGAACAGGGUUAAAUCACCCCAGCCUUUCCAUCUUCCAUUAUUAUUUCGUUUUUAUCAUGGAAUCAAACUUUCACCGACAUUUUUUUUUUUGAAUUUUUUAUUGGUAAACAGUUACGGAUUUGUUUCUUUUGACACCCAAGUUCCAAUGUUAUACACCCUCAAAUGACUCAGUUUAAAACAGAAUGUAGGCUUUAAAAGGAGAAGCAGGAAAAUGUGCGACUGUUCGUGUAUUUGUCUGCGUGCGUGUCCUCGUUCCUGUUUGCCCGCUUCGACUUUCAAACGGCAAACAUUCCUAGUGUUUGCGAAUCACCUUUUCUCCCUCCCCUUUUCUAUACUUUCCUUUUACCUAAGACCUAGUCAACGCAAUCUUAAAUAACUUAGCCGCGUUAGUACGUAUAUGAAGUCUGUAGCACACGAAAAAUUACCCAUGAAAUUUACUCGGCGUAGUAAUAUUUUGACUCUCGGGAUUGUGUUCAUCUGUUAGUCUUUUAUGAAAGAAGACUUACGCUGUGUUUCGUAAUUAUUAUUAUUUUUUUUUUCUUUUUGCACUGCCAAUUCUCGCGUUUAUUUCAGGACAAUUGCGUUCGUACUUGCGAUUCCGAAAAGGAAAUCUGAGUUUGAAAAUGGUAAUUGAUACGUUUCAAUAGCGGUUUCGGCGCUAUGUUAUGUAAAUUGGUGCGUGCUUGCACAUUUUAAUUUGGGAAUGACAUCGUUGCGAGUUGCCAUCGCAUUUUUUCCUUGGCGCAUACCUCGUAUAAGUUUGCUCACCUUUUGUCAAAUAAUAUUAACUAUGGCAAAACAGUAACGGAUGAAACGUCGUGGCUGACAUAGACCACAUUCAUCUAAAAAUGGUGCUCGAGCAAUGACUUGAGAUCUUUCAUACGUUGUUUCAAUGAAUUGUAAUGUGAUCUCAAAAGUUCGCCAUUUUCUGUACUUAUUCAUGAAGUUCAAGACGAUUGCCUUGUAAUCGUUUCGUUUGCCUUCGUAUUGUCAAAUGUCAUUUUUUUUUUCCUCUUUUCUUUGUGGGAAACGUUGUUUUACGAGUAUCAAACGAUUUUCGGUAGGAAUCAGAAAUAAUUGUGAUGCUCUCUUGAGGUUUCCCGUAUUAUUUCUUUUGGUUUGACGAGUAAAAUAGACUACCUCAUUUCAGCACUGCCAACUGUGUAAUUUUGCCACGUCCUACGUAUUACUCAUUUUAUUGCAAGUAAGGAAAUAAAAUCAAAGACUUAGUUACA